CGAGGUUUCUAAUGAUUUGACUAAAUGCCACGUCUGAGAAUGAAUAGACACCUUUGAGACCCUUUGCUCUGUUUGGAAGAAUUUGUUUGAUUUACUAUCAUCGCUGCAUAAUUACAGCAGACACGUGAGAUGAUGGCCCAUGGACGUCUGCUAGCGUUAACACUGUUCUCGGGAGCAGUGCUGUUGCUAGCCGCCCAGCUAACUGUUGCUCAUAGCCACUCUCAUGACCAUGGGCAUGCACACGACCACCAUGGGCAUGCACACGACCACCAUGGGCAUGCACACGACCACCAUGGGCAUGCACACGACCACCAUGGGGGUGGCGGUUCUGAUGGUCACUCCCAUGGCAGUCAGAAACUGCACCACGGGGCGAGCAAGUGGAGUGCUGAAGCAAACCUGCCCCCAGCUGAGGAGUCUCACCACGGUCACGCACAUGACCAUGGAUAUAAGCACGAGGAAAGUGGACACGGGCACACCCACGGAGGAGAGAGGGUGAUAAGGGAGGCAGAAGGAGAGAAGAGGGACAUAGUGGAGCUCUGGAUGCAGGCCAUCGGUGCCACUCUGCUGAUCAGUGCUGCUCCCUUCUUCAUCCUCUUCCUGAUCCCAGUCCAGUCCAAUACAGACCAGCACAAGAACCUCCUGAAGGUGCUGCUGAGCUUUGCCUCUGGUGGCCUGCUGGGAGAUGCCUUCCUACACCUCAUCCCUCACGCCCUGGUGCCUCACUCUCACCAUGGAGACGAGGGACACGGCCACUCACAUGACAGUGAAGAAUCACAGGAUCAUGGCCACUCGCAUGGUGCCGCCCAUGGUCACAUGAUGUCAGUAGGGCUGUGGGUCCUCGGAGGAAUUGUGGCCUUCCUGGUGGUGGAAAAAUUUGUUCGCUUCCUGAAGGAAGGAAAUGGACAUGGACACUCUCACGCUGCUCCUAAGGCAAAGGAGAGUGACGGGGAGGAAGAAAAUAAGGAGGGUGAGAAAGAUGGAAAAGAAAGCAAAGAUGAGAAGACUCCAAAAGGAGUGGAGGAGAAAACUACAGAUAUCAAGGUAUCGGGCUACCUGAACCUGGCUGCUGACUUCACACACAAUUUCACUGACGGGUUGGCCAUCGGUGCAUCGUUCCUGGUGGGCCCAGCAGUAGGCACAGUCACCACUCUCACCAUCCUGCUGCACGAGGUGCCCCACGAGAUUGGCGACUUUGCCAUCCUGGUCCAGUCUGGCUGCACCAAGAAGAAGGCUAUGUGUCUACAGCUCCUGACAGCCUUGGGGGCUCUUGCCGGCACAGCCUGCUCCCUAUUGGCUGAGGGGGUGGGUGCGGCCGCCACAGCCUGGAUCUUGCCAUUCACUGCAGGUGGCUUUGUGUACAUCGCCACGGUGACAGUCCUGCCUGAGCUGCUGGUUGGGCGCUCUAGUCUGGGCCAAUCGGUGAUGGAGAUCCUGGCGAUGCUGGUUGGAAUUUACAUGAUGGUGCUAAUCGCAGAGUACGAGUGAGAGAUUGAGUCGUCUAUAAGAGAGGGUGGUAGCGCUUAAGGAGAUGGAGGUAUUUUGAGAGGAGAGGAGGAGAGACUGAACCAGAGAGAUGGAUUUAUAUCAUUGUUGUGAUUGGAAGGAAAGACUGAUGAAGUUUAAAGGAGAGCGGGAGAGAGGUGAGAAGAGACCGACAAAGAGCUUUCACAGGACUGGACUAUUUGUUCCAAAGAGGACCUGAAUAGGGAGUUGCAUUUCAACACCAACCAACUGGAGGAUUAUGACGAACAAGUUCUGAACUGUACAAAGUCCUCAUCAGCAGGACUGUCCCCGUGUCGAAGUCCGAUAGGUCAUCAAACCGAGACUUAGAAAAGCAAGGCAGAUGACUCGGAGUUAUAGUCCAUUAUAAUUGCACAGUUCAUUCCCUUUCUGGUCACAAAAUGGCAACCCAAAACAAUGUACUUUUAAGUUGCCGUUUAACCAUUGAAUCUGUCCAUUUAGUUAACUAAAAUCAAGAAUGGCCUCCACACACAAAUAUUUGUAAUGUUUAUUUUACCUUUAAUUGUACUGGCAGAGAUCACAGAUUGAACACAAUAGAACUAGACAGUUAAGUGGUUAGGGCAUUUUCCAAGAUUUUUUAGGAGAGUGACAGGAUUCGGGGGAAGUAGACACUGUCCUUCAAAACCUAAUUUCUUCAACCCUACUUCAUUGUAAUGUCUUGACCAAGUGAUGUUUGCCCUUAUUUUGAACAACUGAAUGAUGAACCCUCUUCCAUUUUUGUUUAGUGUUUAUAAACCAUUGCUGCAGCAAGUUUUGUUGAAUUGUAACAUUUAUUCUUUUUGCGGAUUCACACACAUUCUCUUGCGUACUGUACUCAAACCUGCACUGAGUGCGUUUGCUCUCCCUCCGCUCUUGACGAAUACAGAAGGCCUUGUCUCAUUAAGGCAAUCAAUGCUGUAGCUGUUAUGCGUUUAGAAAUAACUCCCUCACCCUGGACCAUUCUGUGUGUACAAGACUGCAUCUCUGGCCUGAUUCCAUGCCCCUAUCCACAGGACCUGGUUGACUUUCUUGUGGGUCUGAAACUGUAUUGCCAAUAUUGUAUAGUAAGCUGCUUUACCUUGUUAUCUGUGCUACGUAUGUUUUCAUCGAUUGUAUACCUUACAUCAAAAGUCUUAUCGGAUGCUUCAGGUAGUCAACAUUGGCCUAUAGAUGGGUGCAAUGGCUUGAUUUGGAAUCACACUAUUUAGUCAGAGGGACCAAGUAAAGGACUAAUGUUAAAGUGGUGGAUGGGAUAUUUGUUAAGCGUGGGGGUGGAGACUGGUGGAAUUUUUGUUACUUUUAUCUUGACUUUUCAUUAAACAAUUUAAGAUUCUC